AACAGUGUGAUUGCAUUUGAAAAUGAUGCUCUGAAAAUAUGAUGGGUGAGGGUGACGCUAUAUUGACACAGCCUCCCCCCCAUCCCCCACUCUCUUUCUCUCCCUCUCUUGUACAAAGCAAUAAUUGAUCAUCACAUUUUUUCCCUAGAUGAUGCGACUGAGCCUUUUGGGGAACAGGCUGAGGUGACCAUGCGCACCAACUUUUGGGGCACCCUGUGGGUGUGCCAUGCUCUCAUACCCCUCCUCAGACCAAAUGCCAGAGUGGUGAAUGUCUCCAGCUUUGUUAGCAAGAAGGCUCUUGAUACAUGCGGCCCUCAACUACAAGCCAAGUUCCGUGAUACUGAGCUCUCUGAGGAGGAGCUGUGCUUGCUGAUGGGGCAGUUUGUUAUUGCUGCUCAGCAGGGAAACCAUCAGGCCCAGGGGUGGCCAAACACAGCCUAUGGCACAACAAAGAUUGGAGUGACUGUGCUGUCCAGGAUUCAGGCUCAUAUUCUGACUAAGACCCGGGCAGCUGAUGGAAUCCUACUCAAUGCCUGCUGCCCUGGCUGGGUCCGCACUGACAUGGCAGGCUCCAAGGCCCCCAAGAGUCCUGAAGAAGGAGCACAGACUCCUAUCUAUCUGGCACUUCUUCCUGAAGUGGCCAAGGAGCCACAUGGACAGUUGGUGUGGGACAAGACCGUUCAGCAAUGGUAGAGUGGAGGCAGCAGGAAGUUUACCUCAUCUCAAUCAGAGACUUGAGGAAAAUUGCAC